AUGCGGUCAUUCACAUUGCCCAUCCUCUUUGCAGGCUCCGCCGCAGCACGAACGUUCAAUCUCGAGACCCGCGCCGACGGCUGCAAGGAUGUUCACAUCUUCUUGGCCAAGGGAAACAACGAGCCCUACCCAGGGCGUCAGGGAAAGCUCGUAAACGCCAUCUGCGACGGUCUCCCCAGCUGCGACUACGAGGAUAUCCUGUUCAACAACCCCGGCGGCUCUGACUACUGUGUUGCUACCAACGAGGGCAUGGUCAACGGAAAGGCCCAGGUUAUCGCCUACAACGAGAAGUGCCCUGACUCGAAGCUGGUGCUCAGUGGUUUCUCUCAGGGUGGUGAUGUCGUGAGCAGCAUCCUGGCCGGAGGAGGUGGUGACAUCUUUGGAUGCACAUAUCCUGCCACCACUCCCCUCGGUGCUUCAUCCAAGGCUGGCAAGCAGAUUGCCGCUGCUAUGACCUUUGGUGAUGUCCGUCAUACUGCUAACCAGCCCUGGAAUGUCCUCGACGGUGCUUCUGGCCAAGGUGUUGUCCCCCGUACCCCCGAUAUGCUUGCUGAGCUCGCUCGAUAUGGAGCUACCUUCCGCGACUACUGCAAUGCCGGCGAUGGUGUUUGUGGCGACGGUAAUGUUGUCGAUGAGCACUUGAACUACUUUGACAAGUACAGCAACAUCGCUGCUGAGUUUGUUCACGAGCGUCUCCGUGCCGUCUCUGGUCCUGCAUCAACCUCCACAUCUGCCUCCUCCGCAGUCUCUACCAGCAAGACUCCCGGCGCCACCAACUCAGUUGCAUCCAGCACUUUCAGCCACCCCAACAAUGCCACCGUCACCACUGGCCACAACGCCGGAACCACUUCUGCUCCUGAUGUCUCGGUCACUGUCCCCCACCACGGCAACAACCCUGGAGUUACCUCGCGGCCCGCGCCCAUCACCACCGUCAUCACCCAGACCCUGACUGUCACCGAGGACUGCGAAUCAAAGGGCUCGACCUUCUUCGAGACCGUCACCCUCACCGCCAAGUGCCCCAUCUGCACCAAGAUCCCCGAGUACGCCACCGUCACCGACCUGUAUGAGGGCCCGACCACCACCGGCACCCAGGGAGCGUUCGUCAGCAACGGCAACCACUUCCCCGUCCAGACCGGCACCGCUCAGCCCGGCAACGGCCCCAAGUGGACCACCUUCACCACCGCCGGACAGGUCACCACUGCCUACAUCCCCGGAGGUUCUGCUCAGCCCAGCUCCGGUCUUGGCGGCAAGCCUGGAAACUCGGACAGCAAUGGCAACGGUCCCGAGUCCCCUACCAAGCCUUCUUCCGCUUCAGGCAACUCGCCCGCUGCUCCCAGCGCUCCUGUGAGUGGCGCAGCUACCAUGCUUCCCCAUUUCGCGGGAGCUAUUGCUGUUGUUUUAGCCAUGAUGGCUUUCUAA